GAGGCGUUGAUCCUGCCAGAACCAAGAACCACAUUUGUGCCCGGCCUGUCCAGUCUUGUAGAACCUUGGAGGAACCCAUGAUGGAAAUUUUUGGCCAUCCAUAUUCAUCCAUAAAGGAGCUGUCAGAGAAGGCAAAGCAAUUAGCAAAAAAUGUGGUGUCCCCCUUCUACAAAGCUAAAUCAGAGAAGUAUUGGUACCUUUAUGAGAAAUUUUGUAAGAAAUUUGGCCUGGAUAUGAAGAACCCACUGGAAGAGGGUAUUUUGGCAUUCAUUAUGUGGCUAGACGUAACGGGCCUGGAGCUACAAACCCCCAGAGUUCUACAGGUGGUUGUAAAUAAUCUGCGUUUUGAGGGAAAAGAGGACUUUAGAAAGUCAUUAGCUAUAACACAAGUAUUAAGGGCGAUAAAAAAGAAAGCGUCAAAAAAUAAAACACCAGAUUGGCCACGCGACCCACUACCAAUAAUAGCAUUGAGAUACUACAUGGAUAUGCCACCCUACAGGGCCAAUGUAUCGAUGUACAAGAGGGAUAUAGCCUUAGUCGCUCUUGGAUUAAGGACGAUGAGAAGAUCGGGAGAGUUAGGAAGUCUAACCUUGGAGGAUAUAAAAUGGGACAAUGAUGGGACCUUGUGGGUCUGA